AUGCGUGUAUUGAUUCCUAUUCUAGCCUGUUUUUUAUUUUAUUCAUCGAAAGUUUUCGCUGGUCAGGAAUUGUCAUCAUCAACAAAUAAUGAAUGUGACCCUGCAAUAGCAUCAUGGACUUCGUGGUUUAAUACACAAAAUCCCCAAACCAAUGGCAACGAUAUCGAAGAUAUUUCAUUCAUUCGAAACUCAUAUGCAGAAGCAGCUCGCUGUGAACAAGUUUUAAAUGUUGAAUAUUCUGUUUUGGGAAAAUCCAAUAAUAACACAUCACUCUAUCAAACACUAAUCAAUAAUAAUGGUGUUUUUUGCAUGGGUUCACCAACAUCCCGUUGUCCAGAUUAUAGCGUUCGUUUCUGUUGUCGAAAAGAACGACAGCAAUGCGGUCAAACAUUUCGUCAACCUCAAGUAAAUUCUCUACUUCGUAUUGUCAACGGCUUUGAAGCUAAGCCCCAUUCAUUGCCAUGGGUAGUUUCCUUACAAUAUAGGGGUGUCCAUGAUUGUGGAGGAGUAAUUAUUGACCAAUGGCAUAUAUUAACGGCUGCACAUUGUUUAGAUUAUUCAAAUGAUCUUCAAAAUUAUUUUGCUCGUGUUGGUGCACAUAAUAAAUAUACAUCUGGCCAACUUUUACCUAUUGCUGAGUUGAUUAUACAUCCAACUUAUAAUGAAGAACGUUCGACCGAUGAUAUUGGUAUUGUUAAAUUGGCUGCACCAAUAAACUUUUCACAAGACAUUCAACCAAUUUGUCUUUUUGAUAGUGUUGUUGAACCACCACUUGGCGCAACUGUUUUUGUUGCUGGCUGGGGUAAUACGGUACAUCAAAUGUGGAAUAGUUCAAGUACCGUUCUUCUCCAAGCACAACUUCGUGUCAUAUCUGAUUGUUCCAUGUAUUUUGCAUAUGAAGCUCAAAAACAAAUUUGUACAGCUCAUAACGGACCUGCUGAUAGAGACCAUGGAUCAUGUCAAGGUGAUAGUGGUGGUGGUUUAUUGUAUUUUAAGGAUGGUCGUUGGUAUGCUGCUGGUGUAGUUAGUUAUGCUAUCGAAUGUGGUCGACAAGCAUUUCCAACUGUAUUUACCAAAAUAGCACCUUAUAUGGAUUGGAUUCGACCAAUCAUCAAUCGUCCAGCUAGCGGUUAA